CUAGAAAUUACGAGAGGAAUCCAACGUGCGGAGCAAGGCAAUUAAAUUAAAAACAGAAAAACAAAAUAUAAAUAUAAAAUUAAAAAGCCAAGUUUCGUAGUGUUCUUUAGCUCAGCCCUCUUUCCGUUUGCCGGCAAAAACAAAACCCUAUUCGAAUUCUGCAUUAAUUUAUCGAAGAUUUUAUCAUAAUGACUACACCAUUGGUGGCUGGGCUUGCUGUGGCAGCUGCGGCUUAUGCAGGUAGAUAUGGUAUCGUGGCUUGGCAGGCAUUCAAGGCUAGACCACCUAGGAUGCGUAGAUUUUAUGAAGGUGGUUUUCAGGCCACCAUGAGUAGGAGGGAAGCAGCUCUUAUACUGGGUGUUAGAGAGCACACUCCAACAGAUAAGAUUAAAGAAGCGCAUAGGAGGGUGAUGGUUGCAAACCAUCCAGAUGCAGGUGGCAGUCAUUAUCUUGCAUCCAAAAUUAAUGAAGCAAAAGAUAUGUUACUUGGAAAGACCAAGGGUGGUGGCUCAGCAUUUUGAACCCCUAUGAAGCCUUUCUUUCCAUUAUUUUAACACUCUACGCCAUUCUCACUUGAUUUCAGUUACAAUUUUUUUGGCCAUCGUCCAAUUACUUAGUGCAUCACCAAUUCUAUAGGGAGAAAACUGAAAACUAAACAUGGUUUACGCAUAUAUCUAACAUGAUUUGUGCUGUUGAAGUGAAGAUUGCUGUCAUUAAAAGUGAUUUUUAGUUCCUCAUUCUGCUACCAGUUAUCUUUCUUUACCAUUUCAUGCGUGAUGUUUGGCACAAUAUAAUCGAUUCUGUUAAUUACAGAAUGUUUGGGGAUCA